GCGGGGGGUGCGCCGGCGGCGGAGGGCGGCGGUCCUGGCUGCUCGGUGGCCUCAGAGCUCGGCCGGCUGUGCGCGGCUCGCAGGCCCUGUCCGCUCCGCGCCUCCGCCCGCGCCCGACAUGCGCCCCGCCGCCCGGGCGUAGCGCGGCGCGAGCGCGCAGCCCGCGGGAUGAGCGCGGCCGGCGGCCGGGGCAGCGGGUGUCCGCGCCCGCGGCCGGCGCCCGGCAGCCUGCUGGCGGCGGCGCUCUGCCUGCUGGCCGUCACGGCCGUGUGCGGGGCGGACGCCGCGCCCAUGAGCCGGGAGGAGAAGCAGAGGCUCGGGAAUCAAGUACUGGAGAUGUUUGACCAUGCCUAUGGUAACUACAUGGAACACGCCUACCCAGCGGACGAGCUCAUGCCGCUGACCUGCCGAGGCCGGGUGAGAGGCCAGGAGCCCAGUCGUGGGGACGUGGACGACGCCUUGGGGAAGUUUUCCCUGACACUCAUCGACUCUCUGGACACUCUUGUGGUAUUAAAUAAAACAAAAGAGUUUGAAGAUGCGGUGAAAAAAGUUCUGAGAGACGUUAACUUGGAUAAUGAUGUGGUUGUGUCAGUGUUUGAAACAAACAUCCGAGUUCUUGGGGGCCUCCUGGGGGGACACUCCCUGGCCAUCAUGCUGAAGGAGAAGGGGCAGCACAUGCAGUGGUACAGUGGUGAGCUCCUGCACAUGGCCAAGCAGCUGGGCUACAAGCUUCUCCCGGCCUUCAACACCACCAGUGGCCUGCCCUAUCCCAGAAUCAAUUUAAAGUUUGGCAUCAGGAAACCCGAAGCUCGGACGGGCGCUGAGACCGACACCUGUACGGCCUGUGCGGGCACUUUGAUCCUGGAGUUUGCUGCUUUGAGUCGGUUCACUGGAGCAACCAUCUUUGAGGAAUAUGCAAGAAAAGCUCUAGAUUUUCUUUGGGAAAAAAGACAGCGAAGCAGCAAUUUAGUGGGAGUGACUAUCAAUAUUCAUACAGGAGACUGGGUUCGCAAAGACAGCGGCGUUGGAGCAGGGAUCGACUCUUACUACGAGUAUCUGCUGAAGGCCUAUGUCCUGCUGGGAGACGACAGCUUUCUGGAAAGGUUUAAUACACACUACGAUGCCAUCAUGCGGUACAUCAGCCAGCCCCCGCUGCUGCUGGACGUGCACAUCCACAAGCCCCUGCUGAACGCGCGCAGCUGGAUGGACGCCCUGCUGGCCUUCUUCCCCGGCCUGCAGGUCUUGAAGGGGGAUAUCAGACCUGCUAUUGAAACUCAUGAGAUGCUGUAUCAGGUGAUUAAAAAGCACAACUUCCUCCCGGAGGCGUUUACCACCGACUUCCGGGUGCAUUGGGCCCAGCAUCCUCUGAGGCCGGAAUUUGCCGAGAGCACCUACUUCUUAUAUAAAGCUACAGGGGAUCCUUACUACCUUGAAGUAGGGAAAACACUUAUUGAGAAUUUAAACAAGUAUGCUCGAGUGCCUUGCGGCUUCGCGGCCAUGAAGGAUGUGCGCACUGGCAGUCAUGAGGACAGAAUGGAUUCUUUCUUCUUGGCUGAGAUGUUUAAAUAUCUUUACCUGUUGUUUGCUGAGAAGGAAGACAUCAUCUUUGACAUUGAGGACUACAUCUUCACCACGGAGGCCCACCUGCUGCCUCUCUGGCUCUCGACCAGCAAGCACAGCGUCCCCAGGAGGAACACGACCUCAGAAUAUACGGAACUGGAUGACAGUAAUUUUGACUGGACGUGUCCCAAUGCGCAACUCCUAUUCCCUAACGACCCGCUGUACGCACAGAGCAUCCGGGAGCCCUUGAAGAACGUGGUGGAUAAGAGCUGUCCACGAGGCAUCAUCAGAGUAGAGGAGAGCUUCAGGAGCGGAGCUAAGCCCCCUCUGCGAGCCAGAGAUUUCAUGGCCACUAACCCUGAGCACUUAGAGAUCCUGAAGAAGAUGGGGGUGAGUUUGAUUCACCUCAAAGACGGGCGAGUCCAGUUGGUCCAGCAUGCGAUCCAAGCCGCCAGCUCCGUGGACGCUGAAGACGGGCUGAGAUUCAUGCAGGAGAUGAUGGAGCUGUCGAGUCGGCAGCAGAAGGAGCAGCAGCUGCCCCCACGCGCCGUGCAGAUCGUGUCCCACCCGUUCUUUGGCAGGGUGGUGUUGACCGCGGGGCCAGCUCAGUUUGGCCUGGAUCUGUCUAAACAUAAGGGGACACGAGGCUUUGUUGCCAGCAGCAAGCCGUACAAUGGGUGCUCGGAGCUCACCAACCCGGAGGCUGUCGUGGGGAAGAUCGCACUGAUGCAGAGGGGACAGUGCAUGUUUGCCGAAAAGGCACGCAACAUCCAGAAUGCGGGGGCCAUCGGCGGCAUCGUGAUUGAUGACAACGAGGGGAGCAGCAGCGACACGGCCCCUCUGUUCCAGAUGGCUGGGGACGGGAAGGACACGGACGACAUCCAGAUCCCCAUGCUCUUCCUGUUCAGCAAAGAGGGCAGCAUCAUCCUGGAGGCCAUGCGGGAGUACGAGCAGGUGGAGGUGCUGCUGUCGGACAGGGCCAGGGACCGAGAUGGCGAAAUGGACAGUGAGGAGCUGCCGUCUCCCGACCAGGAGGCCCCGAGUCAGAGCACGGAGCAGGUGCCCACUGUCCCACAGACGCUCGACGAAGCUCGUCUGGACCCUGCGGGGGAAGGCCCUGGUGCCUCCCCGCCAGAACCACUGUCUCCCACGGACCCAGAGCCGGACCUGGAACCAGACCCAGGCACGGGCGACGUGCCCUCCGGGCAGACUGCUCACGCCCCCGAGGCCCAGGAGCCCGACAGUCUUGAUGGCGAGUGCACAGAAGGCGACCCCAGCCAGCCGCGGGAACAGUCAGAGCCUGAGGACGAAGCCACUGCUCAGGCCAGCUGGGGUGACAAGGCCCAGCCCAUAGACUCCAUGUUAGCCGACUGGAGUGAGGAUAUAGAAGCAUUUGAGAUGAUGGGGAAGGAUGAACUCUGAUGGGCACAGCGCCUGGGUAGGUAUGUGACAGGAAAGGUAAA